CAGCAGACGGAGCCUCCUCCUCUCUGUCUCUCUGAAGUCUCAAUCCGUGCCUCUCUCCAUCAGCAGCGGUCUGGAUGCUUGCAGGGACAGAAACAUGGCUGUGAAUCUCGGCAAGAACAGACUGGACCUGCUGACCGCCUACCAGGACGUCAUUGACGAGACCUCGGACACCGACUGGGCCUUGUACGCAUAUGAGGAUGAAAGCGAUGAUUUGAUACUGGCAUCAUCAGGAGGAGGCGGUCUGGCAGAGAUCACACUGACCUUUGACAGCGCCCGGGUGAUGUACGGCUUCUGCAGCCUGAAGGAUCCCGCCGCUGCGCUGCCACGAUACAUCCUCAUCAACUGGGUCGGGGACGACGUGCCAGACGCCAGGAAGUGUGCCUGUGCCAGCCACGUCGCCACCAUCGCAAACUUCUUACAGGUCAGCCCCGACAUGGGGGUGGAGGUCACCAUCAAUGCCAGCAGUCUGGAAGACAUCGACGCGUCGGCCAUCGGGCAGCGGCUGACCAAUGGGACGGCGGUGGUGGCGAGUCCGGUCCUGAGCCGCCUGAGAACCCGAGAGGAGGAGCAUAAAGAUGUGGGCACAGUGUACGAGAAGACCAAUGCAGAGGUGGAGAUGAAGAAGAUCAAUCGAGAGGAGUUUUGGGAGCAGGCCAAGCGCGAGGAGGAGGUGAGGAAGGAGGAUGAGAAGAAGAGGGCAGCAGAGGAGCGGCAGCGCUUCGAUGAGGAGCGGAUGGAGCUGGAGAGGAAAGAGCAGGAGAGCCGAGAGCAGAGGUACCGCGAGAGGGAGAGGCAGAUCGAGGAGCACAGGAAGAAGUUGCUGGAGGAGGAAGAGGCCAAAGAGAGGUUGCAGAGCCAGAGCGCCAUAGCAGCAGAAGCGAGCCUCGACGACCUCAACCUGGACAAGAAGGAGACUGAGGUGGAGGAGGCGAAGGCCAUCAUCGCUCAGCGGUCAGGAAACCCUCGAGAGUUUUUCAAGCAGAAGGAGAGAGCCAUGACCAUCAGCGUCGACACCUCACCCGUCUCCGUCCACAGGACCGGCCGUUUGGACAGCCCGUUCUUGAGGCAGCAGCACAGUCCCAGCAGCCCCAGUCCGAGUCCCCUACCCCGGGGCACGUCGCCCCUCCGCACCCCGCCACACGCACGGACGCAGCCCACCGCUGCAGCCGGGGACAAUGACGACGAAGAAACAGAGAGCAACAUGGCCGCCGUGUCGCCCAUUCCUAAAAUAGUCACCACGUCCAUCAAAGAGGACUUCUGCAGGGAGGAGGAGGACGGCAGAGACGAGUGGGCGGAUUCGGUGCCAAAGCAUGACCAGAAACAGGCGGUCCAGGAUUCGACACCCACUAAGCCCGUGCAGAGUGUGGCCCCGCAGGCGCGCGACUCCUCCGGCUUCUCUGCGUGGGAGUCCGGGACAGACCGCCUGGUCAACCUGUGGGACAGCAACGCCGACGCUCCCCCCAACCCCUCCCAGAACUCCUCCAAUCUGGUGGACCUGAUGGGCGACGCUAAUGUCCCGCCCAGCGCCGCCGCCGCCACCAGCGCUAAGCCUCAGCCCCUCCUCAGCUUCGAUGACAUGAUGGAAGGGACCUUCUGCUCGGCCACCACCGCAGAGGACGACCCCACCAGUCUGGUGGACGUGACGAGCUCUGACCAGAUGACCCUCAGCUACCAGCAUGCACUGCAGCAUGCAUCCGCAGAGAAGAAGGAGGUUGACGGACAGUUGCUGAUGACCAAUGGGGAGACGCUGCUGAAAGAAGGGACUCAGGCAAGUGAGGGCUAUUUCAGCCAAUCACAGGAGGACGCAUUUGGCCAAUCAGAGCAGUCCUCGGCUAAACCUGCGCCUGUCUUUUAUAACAAGCCACCAGAGAUUGACAUUACGUGCUGGGACACGGACCCCGUGGUCGACGAUGACGAUGACUAAGCGGCCAAUCAGACACCACCACCGGACCAAGAGGAGGAGGAAGUGCGCUUCAUGAAGAAACUGAUUUUUUUUUUUCUAAAAAACAUAACACAAACAAACAAACAAAAAAAAAGUAAUAAUAAUAAUAAUAACAAAUCUUGCAUCAAAAUUACUUCUGUAUUAUCUUUUAGAGGAAAACAAAACAGUAGCCACCGGGGAAAAGAGACGGGGUUUGAGUUAUCGUUAAAGACGCUUUGAAGGCUCAGUUUCUGUGUUUGUUAUUUUAUUUAUUUGUUUUUUCUUCUUUGUUUGUGUAAAUGAUUUAUUACACAUUAACGUAGCGCACUGCUGCAUAUUAGAGACAAUGAAGCCCAGUGUGUGGCAGGCAGCCGACACACCUAGUCUGUAGUGCUUUAAUAACACCCUAUAAAACUAAUACAGUGGAUCAUUACAGCUGCCGUGUAUAUCUUCACUCUGUUUCUGUUACCUCUUUUUCACCUCUCUCCUUCCUUCUGCCUUCCUCCCAAAAAAAAUAUCCAGAAACAUUCACCUCUGCAAGUCAGUUAAUCUUGUAUUUAGCUCUCACUUUAUUGGAAAAAGGUGAAACAUUUUAUUUAUUCUGGUGUAUCUGAACUUCUUUCACUAACAGCUAAAGGGACUCUGAAGAAAUCAAAUAUAUUUUCAAGAUGAAAUUCCUGAAACAAGUCAAAUUGUGGCUCCGUUUUGACCUUUUUCCUGCUUUUUUUUGUAUGAUUUUAAGACUGAAUUCAAGAUUAAAUGGCUUGUAAAUCUGGUUGCUUUUUUCAGUGCACUUUUAUUUCUUCUUCUUCGUCUUCUUCCUCCUUGUGGAGGAACUGCAGCUUCUCAAUCAGCCCUCCCCUUUGGUUCUGUAAAAGUCAUCAUUUAUACCCCACUAUAUUUACACAAGCAAAAAAAAAAUUUGCAUCAAAUCUAGAUGAAUAUAAUGUAGAUAUUUUUCCAAGUGUUUUGUAGGAGAGUUUGGCUUUACGGUAAUAAACAUGAAGCCACCUUCAGCUUGUUAAGAAUGGCUAAGAAUUCGACUUUUUCCCACCAGGCUCUUCAUAAUGUGGGCGUUUCUGGACAACACUUUCCUGCUCAGAGUUGAGGAGGUUUGAGGCAGGACGCUCUGCCUUUUUCUUAUUUUUUAAAGUAUUAAUUUUCAUGUUUCAUUUGUCUGGCAGUUAGGCUUUACUGUCCCUACUCAGACACAGAGGUGGAUUAUGGAUGACAGAGGGAGGGUGGCAUCAAACUUGGGCCACACUAUGUUUGCAAAUACUAUUUUUCUGACUUUGUUUUGAACUUCAUGGAGGAACAGAUGCUCACGAUUUAUCACAUUGUGCCAAGUGAAAUGUCAGAUCAAGUCAAUUUUAUUUAUUGACCCCCAAAGGUUUUGUCUAGGGGUCUCUUCACAGCCAGCAUCGACCAAAGAACAAUUAGAGCAAUCAAUAACCCUUUAAAUCUACAGUAUCACAGUGUCUGAAUCUGUUCUCCACUAAAGUUUGCAUAUUUUAUUGGGUCUCCUAAGUUGUAAGUUCACUAUUUUUUUAAUCGAAGUGCAAAACAGAAUCACAAGAACAAUCCUUUAAGGCUUCUGUAGCAGUUCAGCCGGUGUAAAGCAUGAAUGCCAACAUCACAGAGUGUCCUUUUACCUCUCUGUGUGAUUCAGAUAAAGUGGUCGAUACAUUUGGAAACUUAUUAAGUAGCCUGCGACACAAAGACAAAAGGUCCACAUCUGCAUUUAAAACUCCCUGCUUCAUUUUAGUCUUUGCACGUUGGAGCGAUUCACCAAACUGAGCGAGACAACACCAGAACAUUUCCAGACAUCUGUUACUCCAAGCAGCUUAAAACAAACACCCAAAGUGAUUCUUAAAUCCUCUCUGCCCCACGUCUGCUGCCCGAAUGCUUUUGUUCUGUGCCAAUGCAAAAAGUACCAUAUGUAUUUUAUUUUUUAUUUUUUAUUGAUGCAAUAUUAAGUUGCCCUGGAAACUGGAGUGAGAGGGGGCGGGCCGAGACGGGAGGUGUGUGUGUUUUUAAUACCUGUUAAAAAAAAAAGUGUGCUAGAAUGGAUUUUCAGGACAUUUUUGAAUAUUAGCAACAACAGUGUUAGUCUUUGUUUUCUGUAAAUUCCUGUAGAAAAUAAAAACUCCUAGGCAAUAAUAACUCCUCUGUGUGUGUGUGUGUGUGUGUGUGUGUGUGUGUGUGUGUGUGUGUGUGUGUGUGUGUGUGUGUGUGUGUGUGUGUGUGUGUGUGUGUGUGUGUGUGUGGAGAGCACCUAAAUACUGUGUGUGUUCAGAGUUCUUCACAGACGAGCUGAUCAGGUGUUGAGAUGCUUUCGGUUUGAUUUGCAGCUCUGCAUCCCGAAUGAUCAGGUGACAGGAAGAGCGUGUGCUCACAUCCAACAUCCACUAAAUCUGAUUAAAUCCUGUAAAAUGAGACUCAAUUAGAGAAUAAAUGUGCAACUCUUGAGUUAA